AUGGGGUCAUCAGGGGGCUUUGCUAAGGUGCGCGCACACCCCCUAUCUCAACCCUGCCAUACCUCCCUCGUCUCCCAUUCUAUUUCCCAUUGCAGGACCAAGAUCAAAUAUGAAACCAAACUAACCAAGGAAUAUUUCGACGCACAGACAAUUAUCAUCCCAGCCGCAAUCGCACUAUCGCUCUAUGUCCUCAUCUCAUGCGUGAUAAUCCCAUUCUUCCGCCGCUACCACCAGCGCUACUCGCAAUACCUCCCACUACACAGUAUAUCUGCACACACACAGUCCCUGCGUGACCGCAUAGCCGACAAAUUAAUGCAUUUUUUCCUACCAUCCAGGUGGCGAUGGGGCGCACGCACAGCCGAUCAUGAUACAAUCAGUAUCGACGAGGAGGAAGGGGAGACCUUGGUCGGGAUGGACAUGGAUGCUGUGAGACGAGGCGCAUUGGAGGGGCGGCGAGAUCCCCUGGCCGAUGCGGAGAGUCGUCUGAGUCGGGAUUUAGAGGCUGGGUUUAUGGAUGAUAGCGAUGAGGAGGGGAGUGAGGGGCAUAGGAAUGGAGGGGGUGGGAGACAUUGA